GCAGACUAACUCACAAUGUAAGCGCGUGUACUGACUGAGAGUGGCACCCAAGUGAUACGUGCUUGAAACACACAUUACAGUUCGAGGUUCGGAGUUGAUACACAUCGCUGUACACUUUUUACACUCUGGAAAACGUGCUUAUUAAUCUAACUCUUUUUCAUAUCACUGACUCGUGCUUCCGAAAUGGCGCCUUAACGGUCGUGAAAUAAUAUUGUUUCCGUUCAAGUAUUCUCCCUAGGAACUCGGUUAACCCGCAUCAUAGCCAAGCUUUUAUUAUAACCCAUCACAUACGAAACAUUGUACUUCUCAGUUUAAUCAGUCAUUGCGGCCGACCUUACAGACGAGAGAAAUUACUCUUGAGCCUUUUUUCGGUUUAAGUGGAGAUAUUGUCGAGCAGGGUUUCGAACUGACAACCUCACAAUCAUAAGUCCAAUGCUCUACCACUAGACCGCAUGACCUUCUGUACUGCUCUUGGAGUAUUUCUUCUCUGUUGAAUCAAUUAAGGCUUGUAAACUAUAUCUGUUUAGUUUUUUCGACUGUCCUCAUUGGUCUAAUCGCAUUAUAGAAUCACCUCGGUCUAUUUGUUCUUUGGAUUUAAAGACAAACACCUUGAAACGGAAAACAAACUUUGCCAAAGGUUUUAUGGUUUAUGUGCCAACAGUCUCUAGAAGCGUGUCUAUAUCGGAUCAACCUAGUUAUGGUCUAAAGACCAAAACAUUCAUCUGACGUGCUUGACGUUUGGGUCAUUAUUUCCUCUUUCAAGUAACAGUUGGUCUUUUGGAGGAUGACUCUUGGCAUGGAAUCGGACUUCCGAGACUGUUGAUAACAUUAUCGUCAGGAAAUGUUUUCUCUGGAAUAUAUGGAUUUGAUUCGAGCCACAACUUAAACCGUAAUGCUAGGGAAGAAAUGGAAGAAGCUAAAUACAUGUACAUCAUAUUGUUGUACCUCAAUUAUGACGUCAUCAAUGUAGGACUGAGGACUUUCAUAGUGCGAUUCGAACCCUAGACGUGGAGUCCGAGAGCUCCGUUUCCCAGAUGGCUUGUUAUGGUUCAAGGGCGUCAUCGGAUAACCUGGAAGCACCUACAGAUAUGGGCAGCGCCACCAACGGUGGUCCAAGUCCAGAGGCCAUUCAGCAGUUGUUUGAUGCAUGUGAUUUGGAUGGUAACGGGUAUAUCGAAUGGGAAGAGCUGGAGAUGGUCUGCGAGAAUCUGGACAGAGAUGAACUCGAGCAUAUAUUUGAGGCUUUAGAUGGAGAUGGUGAUGGGCGAAUCAGUAUCACCGAUUUCACUGAAGGUUUCCACAGUGUCAGUGAAGCUCUCCUGUCCGUCAGCCGUCGUAGGCGGCGCCAGCAAUAUCUACAGGAUUAUGACAGUGAAGAAUUUGAGGUCUUUCUGCAACAAUUGGGACCUGAUUUUGACCUCGUGUCAUGGUGUGCUCCCUGCCAGUGUUUGAUUGAAUGCAGAGCGGCAUGUAUCAGCUUGUGGAACUAGCAUAUUAAUUUGGAGUUGAAA